GUAUGGGAUGGCGGGACCACAACAAGGAGGUACGGCCUUCUAACCAGCUAUUCUGUUAAAGAAUGGGUUUGAUGCAGUGCUCGCUUAGUCAGAAAUAUACAAAAGCCUGCUUGUGCAACUAGCCCCCUGGUGUGGUUCCCCGGGGGAAGGAUGCGAUGGAAACCCGAGACACUUGCUAGACAGAGCACCCACAUAGACAGGCCUCCGCAGGGGUCAGAUUUGACGAGAAGCCUGAGAAAUGUCAGCCAGCAAAAUGCUCGAUGGCUGAAGCAUUACAUUCGAUUAGAAUAAGAAGGCGGCGCGAUUCUGUGCUGGUGCAUUACGCCUGAAAGGGGUGGGGGCGCCUGCGGGCCGAUCUUCAAGCGGAAGACAUAGGCAGGCGCAUGCCCUGCGGGGCUGAUUCGUCUGCCGGGGUCUGAGGCUUUCAGAGGCCACGCGGGUCGGCGGGGAGUCAAAGGUGUAGGGCGUUGCCAGUCGGGCGUGGCGCUGCAAGCAAGUGAAGCGACUGCACUUGGCCGCCGCGUCGCACUAUCGGGAAGGCUGAGCCCAGGGGAGGGGGGAGAGGAGAGCGGUGCCCAAAGUGGACGCCUUAACUUUCAAAAUUCAUGCCCUAACUUUCAAAGUUCAGGCCUUACGGCUUGGAUAACUCUCAAAAUUCAUGCCUUACGGCCUAACUUUCAAACUUGACGCCCCAACUUUCGCCGUUCAUGUCUCAACAAAGUUUCAGAAUUCACGCCCUAACUUGGGAAAUUCGCGCCUUAUCGUCAACUUUCGGAAUUCCUCUCUUAACUUUCAAAAUUCAUGCCCUAACAACUUUCAAAAUUCAUGUUCUAACAACUUUCAAAAUUCAUGCCUUAACAAUUUUCAAAAUUAAUGCCCUACCUAACUUUCAAAAUUCAGUUCUUAACUUCUUAACUUUCAGAAUUCAUGCCCCAACUUUCGAAGUCCUUUCCUUCAUGUCCUAAGCCUAACCUUCAAAGUUUACGCUUUAGCUUUCACAAUUAAUUUCCUAACUCUAAAAAUUCCUGCCCUACUUAGAUUCAUGUCCUAAUUUAACUGUUAGAAUUCAUCCCCUAACUUUUUCAGAAUUAAUGCCUUAACUUUCAAAACUCAUGUCCUAACUUUCGUACUUCAAUCACGAGCAUAGCAAAGCGCUGCGCGUCUUUGCGGUGUUGUCGCCGCGUGCGUUUAUUUUCAAAAUUCAAAACUCAGACUCACAAGCAAAAUAAUUCAAACUCAAAAUCAAAAUUCAAAAUCUAAAGUCAACUUAAAAAUCAAAAUUCACAAUCAAAAAUUAAAAAAUCAAAACGAAGGCAAAACUUUUCAAGUAAAGAGACUGGGUCUCCUGAGUAGUAAUUCUAAUCGUUUUUUCUUCUAUGUAUUGUGCUCCUCUUCUUACGUAUUUCUUAUUCUUUAUCAUAUCAAAGCUGCAUUCUUUCAGGAGCUCCAAUGGCACCAAUGCCGCCGCAGGGAGGAAUCGGACAAGAAGCUGGUCCACAGUCGGUACCACAUCCUUCUCACUUUCGCAUUAUAGAUACUCAAGUAUGCUGAAGAGCAUCAUGAUCCCUCUAUCGUCCUUGUAUUUCGAAACUGUCCUGUAGAGCGCAGUUUUUAGCCUCGUCGAACUGCAAUUUUUCCCACUCACAAUACAGAAAAGUACAUACAUCGUCGACGGAAAGCCUUAUGACACUGGUGGAACAAAAGAGGAGUGCAUGCAGUCCUGCGAAAUGCUCUACGACGACAUAUGUAUUCCUCUUCAUUUCUCUGUUUUGAAAAUGCAAAUGUACGUUUACCUUUACCUUUACAGUUUUGUUCGAAAUCGAAACAGAUAUAUUGCAGUGAAUGAACCCGGAAAGUCAAACUUUACUUUAUUUUGAUGAUCCUCGCUCCCCACUUAUGACAGCGAUCAUGCAACGCAAAGCUGAGCGCAUGGAUGCAAUGCGGUCGAGCAUGUCUGGAGGAGGCGCCGAGGGGGGUGGCGAAAGCGGCGGCUUCUUCGGAGACAUGGCUGGCAAAGCUGUUGCGGCGAAAAACACGUUCGACUCAGCGAAAGAUCUAGUGUCCGGCGAUUCGGCGCAAGAGAAGAAGGCGUGCGAGCAACACUGCCUGAAUACCUUCGGCUAUUUCUGGGAGAAGGAGGGCAUGUGCUUUGCCGCGAACGCAACAGUAGAAGUGCGUGGGCGCGGCUGUGUGCGAAUGCGGGCCCUGUGCGUCGGAGACGAGGUUCGCAUGAUGGAUGGCAGCCACGAACCCGUGCUUUGCUGGCUGCACCGCCAUGAGACAGAAAUGUGCUUUUUCCUCGAAAUUCACGUGGAGGAGGACGACGAGGCAGACGAGGGAGUAGACGUCGUGGAGAAUGAUCCGACGCAAGAAAAUGACAACCACAUAGCGGCCUCAGCAGACGGCGCGUUGGAGAGAACGCAGAGCGCGAGCAGCGACGGCGCUUCAUCUGCACACAGUAAGAGCAAUCAUUCAACGUCGCCGUCACGUGUCUCUAGUAACUGCAACGCUCACAAAUCGGGAGAGGGCGAGCGAAGUGCGUCAUCGUCGGCAUCAUCCUCGCGCAAUAGUGGAGACCUGCAAGUGUCGGGAAGAGCGUCGUCGACGAGCUCAAUUUCAUCGAGAAGUAGGAGGAGGAAGUUAGUUCUCUCGAGGGACCAUCUUCUUUGGAGUUGCGAUACGGAGUCAUACAUACGAGCGCGCGACGUGAAGGUUGGGCAUACGACUCUGGAAGGCCAUAAGUGCCUUCAUACCGAUUUUCAUAGAACAGACGCAUCGUCUUCAACAAGCGACAGCGCAGUUUCAAUUUCCGAAGAAACCGAAGCAGGGCCUGCAGAUCAGGACAUAUCGGGCCUGCAUGCGGAUGCAGGUCGAUCACAUCCACUAGUACCAGGGCUCAGUAGUUGCACAUCAAGAAGGCGACCGCGAGCAAGGCGGCUCCUUGUGAAGGAUGUGCGGGUGCUCCAAGCGCGUGGGUACUACUGCCCGCUCUUGCCGAGUGGAGAGAUUGUCGUCGAUGGAGUGCGGUGUUCGUGUUACGCGCUACCACACUGCCACGAGCAGCUGUGGGCACAUAUGUUCCGCUUUUGCUCGCUCCACAGCGCCUGUCAUCUAGGUACGCUGCCACUGCGGCUCUUGUGCCAGGCACAGGACGCACUGGCUGUGCGAUCGGGAUCAAAUCCCUCCAUUGUCGGCCAGAGACAAGACCACAAAAUAGAAGCACGAAGUAAAAGUGGUGAGAAAACGACAACUGAUAAAGACCACGGGGAUCUGGUUGAAAGUUUGGUCGUGCGGUUAGGCAUGUCUGGCCCGAACGGCUUGUUGGAGAUUGGCCUGCAAAGCCUCAGCAUGGCUGCAUCACUCGGCCUAGUUUAGUGUGUACUUAUCAUGUCAUAAAGGGUGUUCUUCAAGAGUUAGUGAUUUGAAAUAGAAUCCCGAGCAUUUUACAAUAGUUGUAUCAAUAGCAUCAAAUAACCGCAGUGAUGCUUCAUCCGUCGACGUACAGAGCAAUAAUUUCAUUUAAGCAUGACCAUACAUUUGCAUUGUGUUGUCUGCCUAACAAGGACAGUGUGCAAAAAGUAGUUUCCAUUCUGACAAAGUAAACCGUCUAACUAUUGACAAAUUUUGCCUUCGCGAUAAUGCAGGAGUUCAUUGAUAGCUAAUGUCAUUACUCGCUCACGUGUGAUGAUAGCAAGUAAAUUGAGAAGGACGAAGAAACGCGACGCGCUAAGUCUCAGCAUAUUAGAGCAGGAGCCUAUGUAUUGAAAACACAUACUUACUCACUCUAGCAAAUAGAUAUGCAUCAGGUCGAUUUCCCUUGACCAUGGUCCCAACUUCAUCAAAUAAUCCAUUAAUAACACAGUACGUAGACCACUAGUUGUAGUGACAUAAAGUACGUAGCUCAAGGAAAAAACUUUUCCAAGAAUGAUGACAUAUAAUUACAAGUUGCACUGUCACGCACGACCACGACUCCAUUGAUGACACUGUACUAGUUCGUCCAUAAUUACGCAAUUGACAUGUCCACACGAGAAAUC